AUGCCUGCUAAUCCUCCAAAAUCGUCUCUUGUAAUCCAUAGAAUCAACAACAGCAACACAACUAACACAACCCUAAACACUACCAAUCCAACCACCACAACAUCAUGCCAAAAACGGUGUUCUCCUCUAACAUGCGCCACCACCCCAGUUCCAGAAAUCGUCUCGCGCUACCACACCCACGCUUUAGGCCCCAACCAGUGCUGCUCUGCCGUGGUACAACAGAUCGCUGCCCCAGUCUCCACCGUAUGGCCUGUUGUCCGCCGUUUCGACAACCCACAAGCUUAUAAACAUUUCGUCAAGAGCUGCCACGUCAUACUCGGAGACGGUGACGUGGGUACACUCCGUGAAGUCCACGUCAUCUCAGGUCUCCCUGCUGCUAACAGCACCGAACGCCUCGAGAUCCUCGACGACGAGCGACAUGUCAUUAGUUUUAGAAUCGUCGGUGGGGACCACAGGCUUGCGAACUACAGGUCGGUUACAACUCUCCAUGCGUCACCUGCAGGUAAUGGCACCGUCGUCGUGGAGUCCUACUUGGUCGAUAUCCCUCCGGGAAAUACUAAAGAGGACACGUGUGUAUUUGUGGAUACCAUAGUUCGGUGCAACCUACAGUCGCUGGCGCAGAUCGCUGAGAACUUGAAUAGACGCAAUAAUAGAUCAUCAUCGUGA